GUGAAUUCUUUCUUGCUUCUCAUUUAGCACAUAUUCUACCAUAAAAGUGGUGGUUUCUAUUGUAGGUUCAUCGAAGCAUCAGAUCGAAGAAAUGUACGCAUCAGAGAAGAGCAGUAAGUGUGGUUUUCUACUAGCUUAAGUUUGACACAAUCACAAAUGCAUUCUACCAGGGUAUGAAUUAAUUUCUUAAAGCUCUUUGGCUGUCAAUUAUUUUAAGCUUCCAGUAUCUCACAUAGCAAAAUCCUGGGAUGGAAGUGUUGGCUGCGGCUGUUGGUGCACUAGUGGUAACACCUGCCAAGCUUCUUUGUAACUGUGUCUGUUCAAAGAUCAAUACAACUAUCAAUGUCCAAUCAAAUCUUGACGAUGUUGAGAAGGAGAUGAAAAGCCUUACUGAUCGUAGAAAGGAAAUCAUACAUGAAACAGAGGCAGCUAAGAAAGAAGGGAGCCAAAUCAGAGCUCCAAUCAUAACUUGGCUUGAGGAUGUCAAAGAGCUUCAGCCUAGAGUCAAUCGGAUUCAUGAAAAUAAGCCUUCUACGUGUUUCUUAAAUUUCAGUAAGAGGUACAAAGGUGGCAGGGAAGUUGAGGAAAUACUAAAAAACAUCAAAAGGCUUCUAAAAGAUGGAAAGUUUCCACAGGGUCUGGUUGAUCCUACUAGAGUUCCCAGAGCGGUGGAGCAUAUUCCUGGACCUUCAAUUCAGGGUCAAACAACAGCAUCAAAAGCUUUAGAAAAAACUAUGAAGCUAUUGUCUGAUGAUAGAUUUCAGAGGAUUGGUAUUUGGGGCCUGGGAGGAGUAGGCAAGACUACUAUGGUAAGAACUCUCAACAAUGAGCUCAAGAGUACUUCAAGGAACAUUUUUGGCGUCAUCAUUUGGGUUACCGUUUCCAAGAAUUUGGACAUGAAACAGGUACAAACACAAAUAGCUCUGAGAUUGAAUUUGGAGACGAAAAUGGAAGAAAGCGUGGAGAGAAUGGCCAUUAGACUUCAUCAUAGACUUAUGAAUGAGGAAAAAUAUCUACUCAUUCUAGAUGAUGUUUGGCAGAAACUUGAUUUGGACAGUUUGGGUGUUCCACAGCCUGAUGUUCAUAAAGGUUCUAAAAUCAUAUUGACAACUCGGUUUAUGGAAGUUUGUAGGAAAAUGAUGACUGAUGUGGAAGUUAAAGUUGAUGUUUUAAAUGAUGAAGAAGCUUGGCAAUUGUUCAGUCAAAAGGCAGGAGAUGUGGCUCAUUUGGAAGGAAUUAAACCAUUUGCAGAAGCAAUUGCAAGAGAAUGUUGCGGAUUACCUCUGGCCAUCAUCAUAGUGGGAGCUGCUAUGAGAAGAAAGACAAAGGUUGAGCUAUGGGAAGAUGCCUUAAAAGAGUUGCAAAGGUCAGUGCCUUCUGUAGAAGGCAUUGAGGAUGAAGUCUAUAAGCCUUUGAAGUGGAGUUACGACUCAUUACAAGGUAACAACACAAAAUCUUGUUUCCUAUACUGCUCUUUGUUUCCUGAGGACUUCUCAAUCGAAGUCAGUGAACUAGUACUGCAUUGGCGAGCAGAAGGUUUGAUAGAUGAACAGCAGAACUAUGUGGAUUCAGUCAAUAGAGGAAUAGCUUUAAUUGAAAAUCUAAAGGACUCUUGUUUGUUGGAAGAUGGUUCCAAAAAGGGCACCGUGAAGAUGCAUGAUGUUGUUCGUGAUGUUGCUAUAUGGAUCACAUCAUCAUCUGAGGAUGGAUGUAAAUCCCUUGUUCGCUCAAAGUUUUGCUUGAGUGAGAUUUCAGUUGGGGAGUUUUCAAAUUCUCUCAAAAGAGUUUCUUUCAUGAAUAGCCAUAUAAGAAGUCUACCUAAUUGCUUGAUACAAUGUCCAGAGGUCUCAACACUGCUACUACAAGGCAGCUGCCCCUUUGAAGAAAUUCCUGGAAGAUUCCUACUAGGAUUUGAAACACUCAAGGUCUUGAAUCUCAGUCGAACGAACAUUCGGUCAUUGCCUUGCUCUAUACUUCUACUUGGUAACCUCUGUGCUCUUUUUUUAAGGCAUUGCAAAUAUAUUGAAGUAGUACCCCUACUGGGAUCUCUCAGUAAACUUCAAAUUCUUGAUCUUUGUGGCACUAGUAUUAGAAAAUUGGCAGGAGAGAUAGAAUUAUUGAGCAAUUUAAGGCAACUAGACUUAUCCUACACAAGAAAGCUAAAAGCCAUUCCUACUGGAAUUAUAUUUAGGUUGUCUUGUUUAGAGGUUCUAGAUGUGACAAACAGCUCCUACCAGUUCCUUGUGAAGGGAGAGGAAGAAGGAGAGACAACUUUUGAAGAGCUCAUACAGCUUGAUGGAUUACUUGUUUUAUCCAUCAAAUUGAAGAGUAUCCCAUUGCUCAGCUCUGAUGAUCUUUCCUGGAUAAAUAGAUUAAGAAGAUUUCAAAUUUUAAUUGGCCCAACAGCAUAUACCUUCCUAACUACCCAUGACAAAAGUGUGGCUGUAAGUAAAAUUGAUUUCACACAAGACUCAAUUCUGCAAUUAUGGGAUAUAUCAAAUUCUCUAGUCUUAAAAAAUUGUUCAAACCUAAAUCUAAUGCUUGACAACUUGGUCAUUAAUACUGAUGUUGGCUUUAUUGGUUUAAAAUCACUCACGAUUGAAAGAUGCACAAUAACGAAGUCAUGUCCAGUUAGAGGAUUGGCUGCCUGCUGUGACCUACUACCAAAUUUGGAGGAACUUACUCUUGGCCAUUUGAAUAGAAUAAAAAGCAUUUCAGAACUAUUUGGACAGCUUGGGCUAAGAUUUCUUAAACUAAAAUCAAUUGAAGUGAGGGGCUCUUCUGAGAUGAAAUAUCUUCUCUCCUGUGGUCACAUCAUUCAGACCCUGCCAAACCUAGAAGUAAUCAAGGUAAGCUUCUGUUGGGCCUUAAAGGAGCUCUUUAAUUAUGAUUCAGGACAGAAUAUGGCUCCAGAUCCUGUGGUUCCGAAACUACGGACAUUGCAAUUGGAGGACCUUUUCAGUUUAAGAAUUCUUGGCAGUCUAAGAAGGCUGCCUUUUACUAUCCAAAAUACAGGUACCAUAAAAGAAAUAAAAGGAGAAUCAGAAUGGUGGGAUGCAUUGCUGUGGGAUGAUGACGAAACCAAAACAAGUCUGCUGCCUUAUUUCCAUCCAGCUAUGCGUUAGUGCUAGGAACUUGGUGGCUUUGGUCUAAAUAAAAGCUUUAGCUCAAAGUGGACCUUCUAAUUGUGUUUGUAAAUUGAAAGAUGACCCAAGAAGUGGAGAAAAUUCAGUGUAUCACAGGGAUAUAUCACCACCACCCCCCGAUAUGUAAUAAAUCCCUAAUGAGUGAGUUGACAGUCUGUUCAUUAUCUUAGUGUGAGAAUACUAAUAAGCUUGAGAAUUUGUUCAUUAUUGAGUGUGAAAAUAUCAAUGGUUGUAUUGAAAAUUUGGAAUUCUUGAGUGACUUUUGAGCUGGGUGU